AUGAAGCCUUUAAGACUUCAAGAUCAUUUGAAUAAAAUGCAUCCGGAUAAGAAGGACAAAAAUGUAGCCUAUUUUCAAGAUCUGGAAAAGAAGCAUAAUGCUCAGCCAAGUGUAUCGAAACUUUUUUCGAUGGCUGCUAAGCAACACGAUGACAGACUUCGAGCUUCAUACAAUAUCUCUCUGUUAAUUGCUCAAACAGGUAAGCCACACACCAUCGGAGAAACGUUAAUUUUGCCGGAGAUAACAGAAGUUAUAACUACUGUGUUCCAUAAACCGGCGGCAGAUAUAAUUCGAAAAAUGCCUUUGAGCCAUAGUUCUGUCCAAAGACGAAUUGAUGAAAUAGCUGAAAACAUAGAAAAGUCAUUGUGCAAACAUCUGAAGACUAGUAAAUUUUCAAUUCAGUUGAAUGAGUCCACUUUACCAACAAUGAAGCAUUGUUGUUGUCUUACAAAUUUAGAGACAGACACGGAAGGAGAAACCGUAUUUAAAACACUGGAAAAGUUUUGUGAUGAAAAAGGAAUUCCGUUGAAGAAUAUUAUAUCAGCUGCUACAACAGAUGGUGCUCCAGCUAUGACGGGGUGUCAAAAAGGCUUCAUAUCGUACUUAAAAAAGAAAAUUCUUGAUGUGCCUGCUGUACGUUGCGUUAUACAUCGACAGCAUUUAGUUGCUAGAAAUUUAAGUGAACGACUAUUUCAAUCAUUGCAACAUGUCAUCAGAGCAGUCAAUAAAAUCCGAAACAACUCUUUAAAUGACAGAUUAUUUAAUCAGCUUUGUGUUGAUAAUGAUGAAGAUUUCUACAGAUUUUUCUUUCACACAGAAGUGCGUUGGCUAUCAAAAUGA